UCCUCCUCCUCCUCUCCUCCCGCCGCGCUGAGUUGGGUCGGGCCAUCGUUGCGAGCGCCGGCUGGGCAUGGCUGAGCGCUCCGUUGUCUGCUGCAGCGCUGUGGAGCGGAGGCGAAGGGAGCAGGUUUCACACUUCUGUUAGAUGUCUAGGAGGGUUUGGAGAAUUUCUAAAGAGAUUUUUGUUGCAGAUUAUUGAACUUGAUUCAGAAGAAACACAUUUCCAGGUUUGCUGGUAUGGGUAAUCUUCUUAAAGUCCUUACCAGGGAAAUUGAAAACUACCCACAUUUUUUCCUGGAUUUUGAAAAUGCUCAGCCUACAGAUGGGGAAAGGGAAAUAUGGAACCAAGUCAAUGCUGUCUUACAAGAUUCAGAAAGCAUGCUUUCAGACCUACAGUCUUACAAAGGAGCUGGACAAGAGAUUAGAGAUGCAAUACAAAACCCAAACGAUAUCCAACUUCAAGAGACAGCUUGGAAUUCAGUGUGCCCUCUGGUUGUGAGGUUGAAGCGGUUCUAUGAAUUUUCUCUCAGACUAGAGAAAGCACUGCAGAGUUUAUUGGAAUGCUUGACAUGUCCACCCUACACACCAACUCAGCACUUGGAACGAGAGCAGGCCCUAGCAAAGCAGUUUGCAGAGAUCUUGCAUUUUACCCUUCGCUUUGAUGAACUCAAGAUGAGAAACCCAGCAAUUCAGAAUGACUUCAGCUACUAUAGGAGGACAUUAAGUCGCAACAGAAUAAACAAUAUGCACCUCGACAUUGAGAGUGAAGUGAACAACGAGAUGGCUAAUAGAAUGUCCCUGUUUUAUGCAGAAGCUACACCAGUGCUGAAAACGCUGAGCAAUGCCACCACCCGUUUCGUAGCAGAAAACAAAACUCUGCCGAUUGAGAACACAACAGACUGUCUAAGUACAAUGACCAGCGUAUGUAAAGUCAUGCUGGAAACACCAGAAUACAAAAGUAGGUUCACCAGUGAAGAAACCCUUAUGUUCUGCAUGAGAGUAAUGGUUGGGGUUAUUAUUCUCUAUGACCACGUUCAUCCUGUGGGAGCAUUCUCCAAGACUUCGAAGAUAGAUAUGAAGGGUUGCAUAAAGGUUUUAAGGGAACAGCCACCAGACACUGUUGAAGGGCUCUUGAAUGCUCUCAGGUUCACCACGAAACACCUGAAUGAUGAAUCUACUUCAAAACAAGUUCGAGCUAUGCUUCAGUAGUGCCCGCCUUUGACAAAUGGACUUUUGUAUUAUUUAGAGAAGAUGUUUGUUUACAUAAUUUAAUAGUGUGUGGUGUUAAUACAUAUGCGUAAGUUACAUGCUAUAACAACUGGUUUCUUCCUGUUGUUCCAAUAUGUGGAAUUGUAUCGAUAACAUGACUGACUCCAUAUGGCACAGCAUCCCACCUAUAUGCUAGUCUUACCAUUCAACAGUUCAGAAAGGUACCUUUAAGUUGAAUAUAUAACACAACAUUGUCUAUGUGCCUUGCUUUUUUUUGUUGUUGGUUGGUUGGACUCUUUGUGUAAGGAUGUAUGCAGUAAUUCUUUUGUUGUCAUCCUUGAGCAGUUCUACAAAUGGGCAUGUGCUGUUGAAGAACUUUU